AUGGAAGUCCAGAGGGGGGACUUAGAGAAAUUGGUCGGGUGGAAGAAGACCUACACCUAUAGGCAAAUCGCAUCAUUAAGAGAUAUGAUAAGAUCUCGUAACCAAGGUAUAUUUGCUAAUCUGAUGGGUAAACGCUCGGCUUUUGAUGAUUCAGACGAGGAGGAACAAUAUCCCGAGGAGAGGCCACAAGGAACUCACCAGCCGGAGAUGGGACAAGCACCCCCCAGUCAGAUGACGAGGGCGCGUGCCAAAAGUUCGAGGAAGAGGAACCCCUUGGGCCAAACCUCAGGUCAUCAAAAAAGGAAGCGCGGAGAUCCGGAGGUAGUGGAGGUCGAUCCGUUGUCAUUUAGCUUACCCGCGAUCCACGAAUUAUCCUCCAUUGACAAACUUCUGAAAGAAGGAUACGCGGAUCAAGGGUGGGGAGCCGAACUGUUCGAGGGCGUACCCAGGAGUCACGCUUUGCUAACGUUCGACCCUCCACGGGUCGAAUGUGCGGACCUGCCCGAUGCCGGGGUGCCGAGGCUGGAGGACGGCAUGAGACAGGCUGUGCAGGCAGUGAAUUCGUUUGUGACCGUGUGCGCGGACUUGGAGGGGCAGCUGGUUUCGGCCAGGAAGAAGGCCACAAGCGAGGAAAACAGAGCCGGAGAGGCGGAGACGCAGCUCCAGGCCUUGGAAGAGGAGAGAGGGCGCCUGGAAGAGGAGCUCGAAGGCAUGGAGCUGACCCACAAUCUUCAAAUGGAGAGUCUGCUGACUACAAGCGUCCCCAAAUCUCGCCUGGACGCGUACAUCCUUGCGGGAGUGCAGAGGUACCUGGGGUCGUCUGAGUUCGCCCUCGGGAUAAACGACGUCAUGGACCCCGCCAUGGAAAGGGGGGCGAGGAAGGUCGUCAUAGAGAUCAAGGCGGCCCAGAGGAAGAACGAGGACAUGCAACCCAUCCUCGACAAAUAUGCUGAUAGGGAGAUGAAGGGGAAGACGUCUGCGGUACGGCUGCGGUGCAAGGCCCGGAAGCACUUUCGGGAUAUGGACUUCGCGCAUCUCCCCAUCAUGCAACAAAUCGCCGGGACUUGCCCCUCCAUCUCAAAGCCCGAGGACAUUCUAAAUAUCCCAGGCAGCCCUUCGUUCGUCUUCCAGAUGCCGAGGGGGACGCAGACGCCUCUGAGUACGCCACCGGGGCCUGAUGAGGAGCCGGAGAGAGUCGCAUCUGCACCUCCACCCCAAGUGCACAACUGUGGAAGCCGACGCGGAGGAGGAACCUCGACCGACUCCAACACCAACAGUGGAGACAAGGUGAACGAUGCGUAG